AUGACUGGUCGUGCUGGCAAUCCUUACCUGGAUUUUAUGCUGCAGAACCCUGUCUUAUUUCCAUGGGGCAGUGACGAAGAACGGGAGGAGGAUGUAGCCUUGCGUCGCAGCCGAAGCCCACGCAAAGAGUUCAGCGGGUCAAGGGAUGGGCUAGUGGUGCAGGAGGACACUGGUAAUCUUAUUUCGUGGAAACUGCCAAGUCCUACAUUGCUGGCGGGUCGAAUCCUUGAGCAUUGCCAAGCUGUGAUACACCGAGUGCGCUUAGAGAGUGGAGGCCUUGAGCUGGCUAUCUACAAGAUUGGUAUCACACACGAGUGUUAUGCACGCUUCGAUUUGUACAAAGCUAAAGGAUGGGACCAAAUGGUCAUAAUGCACGAAAGUCCUGAUUUGGGCUCCGUGGAGAUGCUGGAAGCCACGGCGAAGCACGUCGUGAGCAUUGCGAAGACCUUCGUCGUUGAGGACUCUUCAAAGGCUCUGCAAUCGAUGGCUCGCUGCUGCAAGAACGAUGCAGAGAAGGCUCUUCAGAAGGUUUUACGGCAGUUUGACUUGACAUUGGAUGUUCCGAUUACGCAGAUGACUUGUGCUUCGGGAGUCGAUGUACCGGUGCUGCUGCCGCAAGACUUUAUCAGAACCCUGUCUGACAAAGGGUUUUUGCAUAAGCUCCUUGGUGGGCCUGUUCGGAACAGUGGACCCCGCCUUCAGGAGUUCUGGGAGCGCUACCGGCUGUCAGAGCCGGAUCACGACAUAUGGCUUCAUUCCCACAUCCAGGAAGAUACUUUGGUUCCUCUUUUGGUUCACGGAGACGGCGGGCGCACCUACCGUAAGGACGAACUUAUGGUUUUACAAUUCCAACCGUCGAAGCCACUCACAGGAUGCUGUUUUCUUUGCAUGGCCGGCACCGCCGACUUCCCAUUUGAGGAGUUCACAGAUUCUCCAAAGUGGAUUCAGACUGCUGGCUCAAAGAAUCCCUAUCCAUGGGAGGUGCUGCCGCCUCUGCUCCAGAGCACGCCUCACAAUCGCUCCAAUCCAGCUGCACUUUUCCGAUUGGACGUGCUACAUGUGUACCAUCUUGGGAUGGGCAGGGACUUCGUGGCAAGUUCGCUCGUCAUUUUGCUUGAUGUGUACGAAGGAAGUUCGGUUCCGGAAUGCCUGGAUCUGAUGACUGCAGACCUCAGGAGAUUUCUUGCGCAGACGCGGCGACAACUACACUUCAAGGUUAUCACUCGCGAUUUAUUGGGCUUCCAGAAAGAGUCGGUCUUUCCGGUCGGACAUUGGAGCAAAGCGAGUGACACGCCCAUUUUGAUGGAAUUCCUCCUUUGGCUUCUUGAGCAGCACCGAAGCAAAAUGGAAGGGGACCAGCUCCUCAGGGUUAUCUAUGGGGCCGCAGAUGCCAUGGGCGUUUUCAUGCGUGGGGUGCUUCAAGCUGGGUUAUGGCUCACCACUACAGAAGCGACCGCUGCUUAUGAGGCUGGAAUGCAUUUUUUGCGGUCGUAUGGGAAAUGUGCGAGCCUGGCUUUCCGCCGCCAUCUUACCAGGUACAACCUCACGCCGAAAUUGCACUGCUGGCACCACAUCUGCUUGGAUUUGAAAAGAAGCCUGGAUCGAGGUCUGCAAUAUCAUCUAUCACCGUUGGCAGACGCCAACUUUGCGGACGAGGACUUCGUGGGCCGCGUGUCGCGCUUGUCGCGACGCGUGAGCCCACGCUUGCAGGGACUGCGCACGAUCGGACGUUACCUUGCUGCUACACGUUCGCAGCUCACUGCCGGGCAAGGGGACUAA